GGUUAUAACGAAAGAAGCACAAAAACAUGUUGUUUAUUAAUCAUUAUUCAACCAUAAUGGCAUUUCUGGCUUUGGCGGUGGCAUCCACAUCAGGCGAUAAGGCUACACCUCCGCCUUGUAAGGCCUGUAGUUUGCUGGCAACAUCUUUCAAAGUUGGCCUGGAACGCACCAAGCGGGGGCAUGGUGGUGGAGAUACGGCUUGGGAGGAGGAAAAACUACGUUCCUAUAAAAACAGUGAAGUCCGCCUCGUGGAGAUCCAAGAGAGACUGUGCUCAGAGGCAGAAGUGGUCAACAAAGACCAUUGCCACAACCUCGCCAACGAACACGAAGCGGCAAUUGAAGACUGGUUCACCCACAAGCAAGCCGAGAGUCCGGACCUUCAGUCCUGGCUGUGUAUUGAACAGUUGAGCGUGUGCUGCCCGCCGAACACCUAUGGGCCAAACUGUCUGCCUUGUAGCGAGUGCAGCGGGAACGGCAAGUGCAAAGGAGCCGGAACGCGAAAGGGAAACGGAAAGUGUUUAUGUGACGCUGGCUACGCGGGAUCUAAUUGCAAAGAGUGUGCCCUUCAGUACUAUGAAUCAUUCCGCGAUGAAAAGAAGCUCUUGUGCACACAGUGCCAUGCUGCGUGUGGCGAUGGCGGUUGCACUGGGGCUGGUCCGAAGAGCUGCCGCAAGUGCAAGGAUGGCUGGCACAUGGAUUCGGAAACUGGAUGCGUCGAUAUCAAUGAAUGCCUGUAUCAGCAGCGUCCAACCGCUUGCCGUCCGCAGCAGUUCUGUGUGAACAACGAAGGAUCAUUUUCUUGUCUCGAGUGUGAUCGGUCAUGUAAUGGUUGUGAUGGCGAUGGUCCAGACAUGUGCAAGCAGUGUGCGGAUGGCUUUGUACUCAAAGAUGGCAAAUGUCAAGUCAGCAGCGACUCGGAAACUGCGCUCAAUGAGGAGCCAGCGCACAAAGAACUGUAGAUGGCACUGUAACGCACAGACAUGCACACAUUUUGUAGACAAUUUUAGUUUUAAUAGGUCAUAAUAGUAUCAAUUAGCAAUGAAUUAAUAUGACUUUUGCCAAAGAGAAUUGAGAAAUGUUUUCUGGUUUUUCCACUCAAAACUUCAAACACUUGUCACCAAGCUCAAGUUCAUUCCUUGUUAUUCGUAUCACAUUUACAUCUUUAAUUAUUUGGUUUUCAAACAUUUACAAAAUCACAAAUACAACUAUAAUAUACUUUGAAGUUUCAAUAAUUAGUUUUGACUUAGUGGACCUCAAAAUGGCUGUUUUGAAAUGUCCCCCAGAGAGAAAUGUUGGAUUGCAAUGGAAUACUGCUUGAAGCUGAUAAAUAAAGACACAACCCCAAAAAACAA